GUGACCUGCUGCCUGCAGAUGGAAUCCUAAUCCAGGGAAAUGACCUGAAGAUUGAUGAAAGCUCUCUGACAGAAGAAUCAGACCAUGUCAAGAAGUCUCUGGACAAAGAUCCCAUGUUGCUCUCAGGAACUCAUGUGAUGGAAGGUUCUGGCUGGAUGGUAGUGACUGCUGUGGGAAUCAACUCCCAGACUGGAGUCAUCUUCACUCUCUUAGGGGCUAGUGAGGAAGAUGAGAAGGAAAAUAAGAAGAGAGCAAAGACCCAAGAUGGAGCGGCCUUGGCAAUCCAGCCACUCAACAGCCAGGAGGACAUCGACUUUGAGGAAAGGGAGAAGGAAGUAAACAAGAUGCCCAAGAAGGAGAAGUCAGUGCUGCAGGGCAAGCUCACACGCCUGGCUGUGCAGAUCUGGAAGUCGGGUGAGUAGCUAAGCCUGCCUCCCAUUUCAGAUUCAAAGUGCUGCCCUGUGUGCCAGCCACUACA